CUUACGGCCCCAAUCUACAUUGGGUUAUAUAAUUCCCAUGCUAUAUAUACCUGCUGUAUCUAUCUAUGCAGUAUACAGCUGUCUGCCAUUCAACUCUAUAUCUGCAUCCUAUCUGGACAAUCCACUGGUAAAGAUGAAAACCACAUUCAUAAUCGCCUUGGCCUUUUUGCUCGUUGUGGGAUCCUCCGGCCUGGCAUGUAACAAGUGCAUGAACUCAUUCCGCAGGUGUCUGCCUCAUUGUCUAGCGGUCCCAGCGCAAAACCGCUGCUUUUGUACACGUAUAUGCUACAAGGCUGCACUCCUCUGUACUACCGCAUGCGCAAAUGUUGCUGGAUUCAAACAACUGAUUGAAGCUCUUGACGACUGAUCAUCACACAGAUAUUUGUUUCAUCAACACUUUUAAACGAAGCAACUAAAAUAAUAAACUAUAUUUCUGUUCAAA